AUGGGUGGUGUUGCAUGGACAGAAGAAGAAGAUGACUUGCUUAAGAAAUGCAUACAACAAUAUGGAGAAGGAAAGUGGCAUCGGGUUCCUCUGUUGGCAGGUCUAAACAGGUGCCGAAAGAGUUGUAGGCUAAGAUGGCUCAACUAUCUCCGUCCAAACAUCAAAAGGGGAAAUUUUGCUGAGGAAGAAGUGGAAAUGAUUGUCAAACUCCACAAAUUAUUAGGCAACAGGUGGUCACUAAUUGCUGGAAGGCUACCUGGAAGGACUGCUAAUGAUGUGAAAAACUAUUGGAACUGUCAUCUGAGUAAAAAACUAAAUGCACUAGAAGCUGAAGACAGAGAAAUAACCAGAGAUGUUCAAGUGAUUAGGUCCCAGCCAAGAAACAUUGGUUCAAGCUCAGUGAAGAGGAGCCAGGUUGAGACUCCAACUGACAAAGUAGUUCAACAAGAGAGUGGCGUAUCCUCACUAACAUUUGAUGCUGAUGGUCAGAGCCAUAUGCUUGAAUCACAGCAUGACAACAUAUAUUCAUGCUUGGACCAACAGGGCAUUGUUGGUGACUUGCCAAUGGACUUUCAAUUCGAAGGAUUUGAAGCAAUGAUAAACGGAGAAGGUAGUAGCAGCCAAUGGGAUUGGGAUGACUUGCUCUUAGACAUGGAUAUGUAUAAUGAUUUUUUUUCUUAAAUUAUUCCUGCUGCUAUAGGGAAGACAAUGUUGGUCCUAUAUAACUUAGUUGUGUAUCAAUAUCAAUAUCAAAGUUAAAUGUUUUC